AUGUUUUCUAACGACUAUCCACCAUCGCCUACCGCGUCCGAAGCAGACAUGGAUGCCAUGACCGCCCACGUCGAGAACAGGCCCUAUCAUGAAGUUUUCAUGCGCGAGGCCAUCAAAAUGGCUGAGCUGGCACUCGCCUCUGAUGAAACUCCUGUGGGCUGUGUCUUUGUCCAUGACGGAAAGGUCAUCGCUCAAGGCAUGAACGGCACCAAUGUUACCAUGAACGGCACGCGCCACGCCGAGUUUGUGGCCCUGAGCCAGAUCGUGGCCGAACACCCUCCCUCGAUCCUCCAGGAGACGGACCUGUAUGUCACGGUCGAGCCAUGCAUCAUGUGUGCUUCCGUCCUGCGCCAGUUCCGCAUCCGCGCCGUCUACUUUGGCUGCCUCAAUGAUCGCUUUGGCGGCUGUGGUGGAGUCAUGCGCAUCUGUGACGAUCCAGGUGUUGAACCUGCCUACAAGAUCUUCGGUGGCAUCUACAGAGCCGAGGCUAUCAUGCUGCUCCGUCGCUUCUACGUUCAGGAGAACGAGAAAGCUCCCGAGCCCAAGCAGAAGAAGAACAGAGAGCUCAAGACCGACAUUAUGCCCCUGGUCAACAUGAAGAACCCUGAGGGAUGA